AUGAACACAACAACAAAUGGAACUGCUCCAUGGAAUGGCUCCUGGAACUGCUCCAGUCUAAAUUCGGCUGCAGUAAAAACUGGGAAAACCGUUGCUUUAAGUUUGAUCUUCGUUGUUUCGCUGGUUGGAAACUCUCCCAUCGGAAUCAUUGUUUACAAAACACCAAACUUAAGAAAGCCGAUAAAUUUUUUGAUCGCAAACAUGGCCCUGUCUGACCUGUUGUUUCCAAUAUUCUUGCUCCCUAAGUGGCUAUUAGAUUUACACGUUGACUCGUGGCUUAUCAGUGGUGUUCUUGGUCAGAUCUUGUGCAAGCUACAGGCUUUUCUUGUUGAGGCAUCCUCCUUGGUGUCGGUUCAGAGUUUGGUUCUGAUAGCAGUUGAUCGAUUUGGAGCUGUCGUAGUUCCACUACGUUCCCCACUCAUCAGUCGCAAGCUGUGUCCUUUCUUUAUUCUGACAACUUGGAUUGUGGCGAUGGCCGUUACCUCGCCAUAUCUGUUUGCUUACAAACUCGUUGAAAAUCCAGGAGAAAUGAAGUGCGAGAGUCUGUGGGCGGAAACCUUCGGAGAAAAAAGCUUUGUCACUUACAUAGUGGCAGGUGUUAGCGUGUUCUUUUACAUCCCAAUGAUCCUGUUGUUUGCAGUGUAUUCCAUCAUCCUGAUCAAACUUAAGAAACAGGCACAUCCAGGAGAACAGUCAGCUAAUGCUGACAAACAGCGAGAAAAAAGAAAUCAAAACGUGUUGAAAAUGGCCAUUGCUAUCGUGUUAGCGUUUUUUCUUUGCUGGAUAACCUCUUACACCAACUUGCUGAUAUAUCUGUUUUUGGCACCGAAAAGUUGCAGUUUUAGAGUGUUUUAUGUUUUUACCUACUAUCUGGCUUUCGCAAACUGUGCUAUAAAUCCGACUAUUUUGUUUAUUUCAAGCAGUAAUUAUCGCCAUGGUCUUAAGAGACUUGUGAAUUAAUUUGGUUCGGUACCAGACUCUUGAAGUGGCUCAGUUGUGAAGACUAGCAACAAGAACUGAAAACUUUGAACUCAACCUUAAUUAAGAAACAGAAAGAUUGUUAGGCUUGACAAAGAACAGUGGGCAAGUCAUCCUUAAAAGCGGCCUUGUUCGUUGAAGAGUUAAGAUCUAUUUGUUAUAAUUAGUUAACUACUUUAAGAACUGGGCUAUUGUUAAUCGGGUAAGUUAAUACGAUAAUGAUUGACUAACAGGCUAAAUUUAUUUUGAUUCUUCAGAGCUAAGCCUUCACGCCGAGUAAAGAGACUGUUAGAAACGAAGCCGGAAGCCGCGUUGAGAACAUCUAAAUUAAGUCUUUGCUAUUGUUUGCAGUAAAUGGAGAAGUGUAUAUACAGAUAUGCCGUUUAGCUCUUUUAGAGAAAUUCCCUAUCGUGAGAUCUCCCAGUUGAUUUUCAUAUGACUCAUGAACUGUAUUAAUGAGUCUUCUGUGUUUAACUUGUGGGAAUAAGAAACUUGAUAAGGUAAUUGUCAAAUAAGAAAGAAAGAAAAACAAAAUCUACUGGUCUUUCUAUGAAUAACAAAAGAGAGUGUUUACCAUAAAUUGUUAUGAAAAGUGGAAAUGAUCUUCGUAGUUGAAUAAAAGGCUUAUCAAAUAAGCGGUUGAAAAAGCAGCUGAAAACAUUCAGGCUUGACCGCCGUGAAUCGAGCCCUGGCGCGUUUGCGUUUUGUUUCCUCAGCUGCAUGCGAGGAUCAUUUCCACUUUUUAUAUCUUUAUUUGCAGUUGAAAAUUUGUUAAUUAAAAGAAAAAACUGUAGAAAAUGUGUGAAAGAGUUUCUAGGUGGGUCAGACUUCUGUUUUAUUGGGAAAAGAGAGAAAAAUAGUAACGUGAAGUGAAAGAGUGAUGACUGCACUGGUGUUUGCUUUUUUGAAUUCAUGGGAACAUACAUGCAUACAUAGCCUUUAUUAAAGUGUCUAAUCGUUUUGGUGCCUAUUGGCACUAAUUGGGGACACCUUUAAAACUAAAUUGCCUCAUUAAACGAAACUAAUUGAAUACUAUAAAACAGAUAAAAAAGCCAAAGCAUUUUAGGGAUUCAGGAAAACAGUUUGUAAUGAAGUUGGGGGGUAAAUAUAUGCGUUAUUAAAACGGAAGACAACAUUUGAUCGUUAUAACAAGUUGGCGGUAUACAGAAAAAAUUGACUUUAAACAUCUUGGGUCAUAAUCGAUUGAAGCGAAAGUUAAAGCAGUCUAAUGCAAAGACCAUCGCUUUUUAAACAGAUGAGGUAGAAUCGUGUCACCUUAAAAAAUGAGGAAACUGAUAGUAAAUAAAGAAAUGAAUGAAUACAACUGAAAAAGUCGUCUUCCUUUUUUAAUAUUUGUAAUUAUACGUAUAAUAGUGCUGGUUGUAAAACGCCAAUACUGCUGUGAACUUAAUCAAUUUCAUAUAUCUCCUCUCGCACGAAUUAUUUAAACAAAGAAGAGGUAAACGAGAUCUUUCGGUCUUUCUAGUAUACUUACGAAAGCGCGCGUGUUUACCAUAAAAUUUCAGUUGGGAUCAAAACAAACUGUUUUUGUAUAAAUGCUAAAGAAACACCGGAGAAAAUAAAUUAAAAGGCUUAGCAUUAUUCUUAAUUAAACAGCCUCCUCAGGGCGAACAUCAGUUCCUAUAUUUAUUUGCGAAUAUAUCUUUCAUUAAGUUGCUUGUUAAGCAGAGGUGGCAGAUAAAUUUGGAAUAUGAAAGGUUUUGCUAAAUUUUGGAGGACGAGCAAUUAGUUUUGUUUGUUAAGGAACACUGUUGGUUUUUCUACAAUUGUUAGUUAGCGGACACAAAAACAGCUGAAACAAUUAAAGAACAAUAAAAUGGUUAAAAGUAAACAGUAUUCCUAACUAACCGUUAUCUGACGACAGACAUACCCUAAGUAAAAUGGAUCAGCUGUGUGAUCAUUUAAACGUAACAAGUUCCAAAGAAAAAGAAAAAGAAAAAAAAAAGUCCUCAUUGUCCCGGGAAUGGAAAUGAAAAUAAACCGAUGCAUAAAAAGUAGGACUAUUAAAGUUCCUCUUUAUGAAAUGCCUGACAACAAUUUCCAUUAGCUUUUUUUCUAUUUCACCGUUUGCAUUUUCAUUGACUAAUAAUUGUCAUACUCAUCCUAAAAUAGCGUGCAUAAAAAGUAGGACUAUUAAAGUUCCCUUUAAUAAAACGCCUGAAAACAAUUUCCAUUAGCCUUUUUUUCUAUUUCACCGUUUGCAGUUUUCAUUGACUAAUAAUUGUCAUACUCUCCCUAAAAUAGCGAGACUAGCGCAUUAUUCAGGUCGAAAGAUAUCGUUACAAAAAAAACAACAAAAUAAACAAAAAACAAAUACAUAGUGCACAAAAGUUGUGAACAAUCUUGAAGGCAUUUUCAUGCUUAAUAUAUAUAGCGCCUGGAACAUUUACCUAAUUUCCUGGUAGGAAAACGAGGCGAAAACUCUUAGCGGGGGCUCUAAUUUAUGAAAGGCUUCAGUACGUUAUUAGUACAGCAUUUAGGGUAACUACGGGAAGUAGGCGGCUGCUGAAGAACAUUAAGACCUUUCGGGAACAGACCUGUAGAGAGACUGGUAAAGUGGUAGACAUGAACACAACAACAAAUGGAACUGCUCCAUGGAAUGGCUCCUGGAACUGCUCCAGUCUAAAUUCGGCUGCAGUAAAAACUGGGAAAACCAUUGCUUUAAGUUUGAUCUUCGUUGUUUCGCUGGUUGGAAACUCUCUCAUCGGAAUCAUUGUUUACAAAACACCAAACUUAAGAAAGCCGAUAAAUUUUUUGAUCGCAAACAUGGCCCUGUCUGACCUGUUGUUUCCAAUAUUCUUGCUCCCUAAGUGCCUAUUAGAUUUACACGUUGACUCGUGGCUUAUCAGUGGUGUUCUUGGUCAGAUCUUGUGCAAGCUACAGGCUUUUCUUGUUGAGGCAUCCUCCUUGGUGUCGGUUCAGAGUUUGGUUCUGAUAGCAGUUGAUCGAUUUGGAGCUGUCGUAGUUCCACUACGUUCCCCACUCAUCAGUCGCAAGCUGUGUCCUUUCUUUAUUCUGACAACGUGGAUUGUGGCGAUGGCCGUUACCUCGCCAUAUCUGUUUGCUUACAAACUCGUUGAAAAUCCAGGAGAAAUGAAGUGCGAGAGUCUGUGGGCGGAAACCUUCGGAGAAAAAAGCUUUGUCACUUACAUAGUGGCAGGUGUUAGCGUGUUCUUUUACGUCCCAGUGAUCUUGUUGUUUGCAGUGUAUUCCAUCAUCCUGAUCAAACUUAAGAAACAGGCACAUCCAGGAGAACAGUCAGCUAAUGCUGACAAACAGCGAGAAAAAAGAAAUCAAAACGUGUUGAAAAUGGCCAUUGCUAUCGUGUUAGCGUUUUUUCUUUGCUGGAUAACCUCUUACACCAAUGUGCUGAUAUAUCUGUUUUUGGAACCGAAAAGUUGCAGUUUUAGAGUGUUUUAUAUUUUUACCUACUAUCUGGCUUUCGCAAACUGUGCUAUAAAUCCGACUAUUUUGUUUAUUUCAAGCAGUAAUUAUCGCCAUGGUCUUAAAAGACUUGUGAAUUAA